AUGAAAGUUUUGUCUUUGAUAGCAGCAUUAGCCCUUUGUGCUGAAGCCGUGAGGUUACCUCAUGUCGCUGAAGAAACUCCAGCUCCUACUCCUAUAGCUACACCCGCCAGACUAGAAAAGAGAAUGAGGGAUGUUAUUGUAAAUAAAGAGUAUGCCAAGAAUCAAGCGGCCAAGACAGCUUCAUCCACCACAGAAUUGCCACCUAAAUGGGUGAGAACUUUGAGCGAUGGCAAAGUAGAAAUUGUUUUUCCUACAGUGAUUGCAGGUGUUACCUUUAGUGCUAAACCUCCAAAAACCACUGAUGGAUUAGAACCUUGGGUGUCAUUGAAAGACGACGGGUCACCAAAGACCAUGAGACCUGAAAUCAAAGGUGGUCGUACCAAGAACGCCCAACCUACCUAUGGUACUUACUUCCAAACUGCUACUACCAUGUAUCAUAGUAAAGAAGAUUUAGGGGCACACAAUAUGGCCGACGAUGAAGUCUUUGAAGAAGUGGUCUAUCUUGAUGAAGACCAAACCAAUCACAAGUUGAGUCCACUUAUUAGAUGUACUCCUGACAGAUACAAGAAGAAGGGCAUUGCCAGGGAUAAGUCUACCGAACCAUUCUGUACUCCCAAGGACGAUGUUAGAUUAAUAAAGGACAAGACCUACUUUGUCACUUGGUAUUCUAGAUUCUUCAAUAAAGAAGUGAAAAAUGUCAAGAUUCACUUAUCCCAUAUCAAGGAAAGUUUAAGACAAAAGGGAUUAAAGAAGAGAGACGAUGAAGCUGCAGAGGAGGAAGUCAAGGAAGAAGUCACUGACGAGAUUGUGCUUAGUAAGAGAUCGGCUGUGCUAGAACAUGGAGGAAAAGUCACUGAAUUGUCCUUUUACACCUCCGAUUGGGUCCUGAACGAACAAGGCUUCUUCCCAUUAUAUAUCGACGAGAAAUGGUUCGGUGACGAAUACUGGAGAAAAGUCUUGCUUUCCAUCCAACCAGACAAUGUCGCAGAUGAAGAUUUCGAUCAUAAGAAAAACUCCCUUGUGGUUGAAAUUUGGAAAGGUGCAAAAGUUUCCAAGGAGCAUUUGCAAGAUUUGAAGAAGUUGGAAGAAAAACAUGCCCAAGCAUAUUUAGGCGAUGUUGAAAUUGAAGAAGGUAUCGAUUAUGAAAAGUAUAUGAUUAUGAUCACCAUGCCUACUUGUGUUAUCAUUGCUGCAUUUGGAAUGUACCUUUUUGUCACCUGGAACCGUGUUGAUUUGAGUAAUGUUAGAAAGAGAAACAUAAGAACAAAGAUUACACCUCGUUGCCACAAUACAAUACUGAACUUGAUAACGUUAAGCAUGAUUAGAUGCAUCACGUGUUAA